CAGCCCGCCGCCCGGCCGGGGCCGCGCACUGCCGGCUCCCUGCUCCCCGGGCCGCGCACUGCCGGCUCCCCGGGCCGCGCCGGCGCUCCCCUGGGCGCUCCCAGGGCUGCGGGCCUGAGCCCUCACGCUCCCAGCUCCGCAGGCCCCACCUCGGCCCCGGUGCCGCAGCCACCUGUGCGCGCCGCCGGACGGGGCGGGGGCGGGCGGGGCCGGGCGCUCCGGGCACCGGGUGCCGGCUCUGCCAGCGCCUGCGGGCGGGACGGGGCGAGGCUUCAACAGCCCGGCACGGCGGCGGCCGCGACCGAGCCCCGCGGAGGCGCUGCUGGCGGGGGAGCUUCCGCCGCGCUCCGAGCCGCGGCCCGAGGAGGGAGAGCGGCCGGGCCGGGCCCGGCGGGAGGCGGCGGCAGGUGCCGGGCCGGGACGAGCGCGGCGCGGAGCAUGGACAAGCUGAACAAGCUGGCCGUGCCGGCCGGGGAGAAGCUCAGGAAGCUUCAAAAGAUGGUGCAUGACAUCAAGAAAAAUGAAAGUGGGAUAAUAAACAAGUUCAAAAAGUUCCAAAAUGAACAAGUGGCCUUAAUUUGCAAAACGGGGAAAGAUACUUGGGAUCGGCUGAAAAAAAAACCUCCACCAAGUCUACCACAAAGGGAUUAUGCUUCAGAACAUGCAGACAACGAAGAAGAAUGGUCAGAUGAUUUUGACAGUGAUUAUGAAAAUCCAGAUGACCACUCUGACUCUGAGAUGUAUGUGGUCCCCAGUGAAGAGAAUCCUGAUGACAGUUAUGAGCCACCUCCAAGUGAGCAGGAGAAAAAGAAGAUUCCCUCCUCAUUCCCUAUUUCUAGGGGUGAAUACACAGACAAUCGCACCAGUCACCAGCAGCUUCCUCCCGUCAACAAACCUCUCCCAAGUACACCUAGUGCAGCCACGUCCAGACCAAAGAAACCAUCCGUGCCAUCCCUGCCACUGCCAUCUCCUGCUGCCAAACCAAAAGUACCACCAAAGCCUAAGGAGUGUAGUGAUGAUGAGGAUAAUUACAUUGUGCCAGUGGACAAUGACGACGAUAACUAUAUUGAACCCACAGAAAGCAGCAUGUCACUACCUAAAAAACCUCCUGUGAGCAGAUUUAUGAAGACAGCAAAGUCAGCCCCCCCUACUUCCUCAAAGCUGCCUCUUACUUCUGAUAUGCAAGAAGUCUAUGAGGUUCCCGAAGAAGAGGAAAAACCAUCACCACCACCACCGGUAACCAGGUUCACUAAGCCACUUCUGUCUGUGCCUGUUCAGAAUACAGAGCAAUCCCACAUUCACAGCAUGACCAGAGAGUCACCUAAGCUGGAUACUUCCAGAAAUAUUUUGCCUCUUCCCAGAAAUCGUCUUCAUCCAAAAGCAGACCAUGAAGUAAACAAUAAUGAUGAAAAUCAUAGCUCCAACACACAAGAAUCCAGAUUUCCUGCUGGAGUAGUUCCAUCUCCAUUACCAAGGGGCCUAAAGAAAACUUCUAAUGCAGUAAAUUCACCAAAGCCAUGUUUACCUUCCAGAGAGGCCUUGUCUGCAAAUGAAGCUACAGAAAAACCGACAGCAGCAGAACGACGACGAGGUUCCAGCCAAGAGCUUCCACUUCCACCCCUUCCAAGUAUCCAAAAGUCUUUGCUCCAGAAGUCCUCAAUUCUGCCAAAAGUACCAGAAGCUGCAAACCGUUCCCUGGGUACUUCCCCUCACAGCAGCGUUUCAUCUACUUCAAGUAUGGCAGACCAGGAUGCUGGUGUUCAUAGUAAAGCAUGGUAUGCUGCUACCUGUGACAGGAAAACAGCAGAAGAUGCAUUGUACAGAUCAAACAAGGAUGGAUCUUUUCUAAUAAGAAAGAGUUCUGGACAGGAUUCACGGCAACCAUACACACUAGUUGUGUUUUACAACAGAAGAGUAUAUAAUAUUCCUAUACGAUUUAUUGAAUCAACCAGACAAUAUGCACUGGGCAGAGAAAAAAGCGGUGAAGAGCGCUUUGACAGUGUUGCUGAAAUAGUAGAGAAUCAUCAGCGCACCUCCCUGGUUCUAAUUGACAGCCAAAACAACACAAAAGACUCGACGAAACUGAAACACAUUGUAAGAGUUUCUUAAUCAAACUGAAGUGCUAAAAUGAAGACUUUUUUUAGUUCUUUCAACAUCCCAAAACACAUGCACCAGGACUGAAAGAAGAAAAUCCAAAAUGAUGGAAAAUACUUUAAGAGCACCUACUUAGUAAGAGAUACAGUUCAUAAAGCUCAAACCCCGUCACUUUUAUCAGAAAAGCACUUGUAUUCAACACAAGAACCCAAAGCAGAUAUAUUCUAAUCUGUGAUUUCCAUCCGUGACAACACAGGUAUUCAAAAUCACGUCAAGAACAACUGCAUACCAAAGCCUGAUCUUUUGACUGCUAUUUAAGGACAGAUUUCACGUAGGACACUUUCACUUUAAAAAUGAGAAUGCCCACGGUGAUUUACUCUCAAUUUGCUGCGUUUACCACGGAUUUCAGGAAUUUCAGAUUUUUUGGUAAAGUGUACAGGCGCAGAAGUUAGAUCAAGUUGCUCUAACAUACUGCUGUGUACAAGCUGAAAAUACAACUGUACAUCAUGUGAUUAGUGGCAGUAAAGCUGUCUGGUUUAGAUUAAUGGGCAUGUGUUGUCCUUUUCCUCAGCUUUACUCAGUCUCAUUAAUAUUUUUGUUUGUAUUUUCAAAUGUGCAAAUAAAAUUUAAAAUAUUGUAAAGUCAA